AUGAGAGCACUGGUCUUCAUCAGCCUGCUGUCUGCGUGCACACUAGCUCAAGCGGGACCAGCUGGGAGGAUUGACCCCGUGCUGGUUCUAAAGAAUGGUCGAAUCCGCGGAGAGUUGGUGACUGUGAGAGGCACAGACAGGAGAGUGAAGCAGUUCCUGGGAAUUCCUUUUGCUCAGCCACCAGUGGGACCUCUGCGCUUGGCCGCCCCACUGGAAGCACAGCCCUGGGAUGGAGAGAGGGACUGCACCACACAGCCACUUAUGUGCAUCCAAGACCCCCAGACUGUGGUCAAUGUUUCAAAGACCAUGUCCAUGCAGUUCAGCCCCCCGGAUAUCUCCGAGGACUGUCUGUAUCUGAAUGUGUACACUCCAGAAAGUGCAGUAGAGGGGGACAGGCUGCCAGUGCUUUUGUGGAUCCAUGGAGGGGGUCUCACCGUGGGGGCGGCCUCCCAGUACGAUGGAUCCUCAUUGGCUGCUUAUGAAAAUAUGGUGGUAGUCAUUAUCCAAUACCGCCUGGGUCUUCUAGGAUUCCUCAGCACUGGAGAUGAGCAUGCACGGGGGAACUGGGGGUUCCUGGACCAGCUCAUGUCUCUGCACUGGGUCCAGGACAACAUCGAGGUGUUUGGAGGCGAUCCUCAGAGCGUAACAAUUGCUGGGGAGUCAUCAGGAGGCAUCAGUGCAUCAAUACUGACUCUAUCCCCACGAGCCAAAGGCCUAUUUCAAAAAGCUAUUUUCCAAAGUGGAGUGGCAACACUGAGCAGCCACACUGCUCACGAGGCUUUGAUACAAGCUAAGAUAAUUGCCAAUCUAACUGGAUGUGCUCACAGAACAACAGAGGAGAUGGUGCGUUGUACCAGAGCCUUGACCAAAGAACAGUUGGUAGAUGCCACAAAAAAGAUAAAAAUAUACCUGGGCGCUGUAGAGGAUGGAGAGUUUCUCACCAACUCUGCUGAAGAGCUUCUGAAGAAACAAGAGAUGAUGAAAAUCCCGGUGAUGUUGGGCAUCACAAACCACGAGUUUGGAUGGAUUCUGCCUCAGGCAUUUGGUCCACCUGGCUGGGAGCAGGGCAUGACCAGGGAGGAGGUGAUGGCUGUCAUGAACAUGUUCCAUCCUGCUGGGGCAUCCUCUGCCAACAGCCUGAUUGCAGACGAGUACCUCCAAGACGCCCAUAGCCCUGAGGCCGUGAGGGACAGAUUCACGGAGGUCAUUGGCGACCUGCUCAUGACUCUGCCUGUGGUGGAAGUAGCAGGGUACCUCUCAGAUGCUGCAGUUCCAGUGUAUUUGUAUGAAUUUGCAUACAGCACUGAGUUUAUCAAAGACACAAGGCCAAGCUUUGUGAAGGCGGAUCAUGCGGAUGAUGUGCCCUAUGUCUUUGGAGCAUGUUUCUGGGAUGGUAGCAUAAAAGUCAUUGGCAAUUUUACAAAAGACGAGGAGAAUCUUUGCAGAAAUAUCAUGUCUUAUUGGGCCAAUUUUGCACGAACUGGGUCUCCAGACGGACCGGGUCUUCCCAGCUGGCCUCAGUACGACAGAGAGCAGCAGGUUUAUAUGGAGCUGGGGCCCACACAGACAGUCAAACACAAACUGAGGAACCAUCGCGUGCAUUUCAUCACUACCACGCUCCCUCAGAAACUGCAGGAGCUUGCGGCAAAGAAAACCACGGAUUGA